AUGGCACCGUUCCCUGAGGUUUCCCCCACAGCUUUGAGCUCCCACCUUGGAUUUCUGCCUCCUGUGCGUGGCCAGCGCUGCCGAAGCUCGCAGGCGCCUUGGUUUCACCGUUAUUAUUUAUUACCAAAGGUGCGCCGAGGUACUCGGUUCCCGCAGGGACAGAUUACCGAGAUUACGGUCAGACCGAGUGGCAAUGUCACCUUACGGGAAAGGCAAAGGCUUGGGGAGGGGGAAGCAGCCAGGGGUGGCUAUGGGGAUGCCUCGUACGAGCAUCUCUGCCACGCUUCACCCUCCUUAUCUCACGGUGUAUCUUGUCCUCCCGUGCAGAGCUCCACACAGGAGAUUGGAGAAGAGCUGGAGGAUGGUGUGAUCUACAGCAUAUCGCUCCGGAAAGUGCAGCUCCAUCACACGGCCAACAAAGGGCAGCGAUGGCUGGGGUUUGAGAACGAGUCGGCCUUAAACCUCUACGAGACGUGUAAGGUGCGGACGAUAAAAGCUGGGACCUUGGAGAAGCUGGUGGAGUACCUGGUCUCAGCCUUCAAGGGCAAUGACUCCACCUACGUCACCAUCUUCCUGUGCACCUACCGGGCCUUCGCCACCACCAAGCAAGUGCUGGACCUGCUGCUUAACAGGUACGGCAAACUCCACGUGCAGGCGAAUGGGGACCAUGCCAGGCACACUAUGGAUGAGAGGAUGGAGCUGAAGAACACCAUCUCCUCCAUCCUGGGCGCCUGGCUGGACCAGUACUCAGAGGACUUCCGCAAGCCCCCAGACUUCGCCUGCCUCAAGCAGCUCAUCUCCUACGUGCGCCACAACAUCCCCGGCUCGGACCUGGAGCGCCGAGCCCGCAUCCUGCUGGCCCAGUUCCAGCAGCAAGAGCAGAGCGAGUCGGAGGCGGAAGCUGUGGACCAUGGCGGCUGCACCUUCCAGCUGGUGGAGGAGAACGGGGUUGGGGACGGGAAGCCAGAUUUCCUCUCCUUCUCCCCAGAGAUGGUGGCAGAACAGUUCACGCUGAUGGACGCUGAGCUGUUUAAGAAAGUGGUGCCUUACCACUGCCUGGGCUGUAUCUGGUCCCAGCGAGACAAGAAGGGCAAAGAGCACCUGGCGCCCACCAUCCGUGCCACGGUCUCGCAGUUCAAUAGCGUGGCCAACUGUGUCAUCGCCACGUGUCUCGGAGACCGGUCCCUGAAGCCGCAGCAGAGGGCUAAAGUGGUGGAGCGGUGGAUCGAAGUGGCUCGGGAGUGCCGCAUCCUGAAGAACUUCUCCUCCCUCCGAGCCAUCCUCUCAGCUCUGCAGUGCAAUGCUGUUCACCGGCUGAAGAAGACCUGGGACGAGGUCCUACGGGAGAGCUUCCGCACGUUCCACGAGCUCUCCGAGAUCUUCUCCGAUGAGAACAACCACUCGCUCAGCCGGGAGCUUCUCAUUAAGGAGGGCACGUCCAAAUUCGCCACCUUGGAGAUCAACCCGAAGAGGGCUCAGAAGCGGCAGCAGCAGCAGCGAGAGAUGGGUGUGAUGCAGGGCACCAUCCCCUACCUUGGCACCUUCCUCACGGACCUGGUGAUGCUCGACACCGCCAUGAAGGAUUUCCUAGACGGUGGGCUGAUCAACUUUGAGAAGAGAAGGAAGGAGUUUGAAGUCAUUGCGCAGAUCAAGCUGCUUCAGUCGGCCUGCAACAACUACAGCUUCACGCAGGAGGACCAGUUCGUGGACUGGUUCCACAGCCUGGAGCGGCUCAGCGAGGCCGAGAGCUACGGGCUGUCGUGUGAGAUCGAGCCGCUGUCGGAGUCAGCCAGCAACACGUUGAAGGCGAAGAAAAACACGGGCAUCAUCAAGCGAUGGAGCGACCGGCAGCCUCCGAGCACCGAACCCUGCGCCAGCGGCAGCUCCCACUCAAAAUCCUUCGACCAGCUCAAGUGCGGACAGUACUUGUGCAGCGGGGAUGCCACCGACUCAGUGAGUGUCACCUCUGCCUGCUCCAGCAGCUCCGAUGUGGAGGAGAUCAACAUCAGCUUCAUCCCCGAGUCCCCCGACUGCCAGGAGAAGAAGGUACGGGGCAGCUCGGGGGAAGCUAAACCCACUGUGUCCUCCGCAUCCCCUCUCCUCCCUGCCCUCCAGUUCUGGGAAUCCACCUCCCUCUCCUCCCUGGACACGUCGGGCAUCGGCUCAGGCUCCAGCAGUGCCUCGUCCUCUUCUGUCUCCUCCACGCCGGUGACUGCCUCCCGCACCCACAAGCGCUCGGUCUCCGGCAUCUCCAGCUACUCCUCCCUCUCGCUGCCCCUCUACAACCAGCAGGUUGACGACUGCUGCAUCAUCCGCGUCAGCCUGGCUGUGGACAACGGCAACAUGUACAAGAGCAUCCUGGUGACGAGCCAGGAUAAGACUCCGGUUGUUAUUCGCAAGGCCAUGGCCAAACACAACUUGGACGGGGACCGGCCUGAAGACUAUGAGCUUGUUCAGAUCAUCUCAGAGGAGAGAGAGCUGAAGAUCCCUGAUAACGCCAACGUCUUCUACGCCAUGAACUCCGCCGCCAACUAUGACUUUGUGCUGAAGAAGCGGGGCUUCUCCAAGGGGGUAAAGAUCAAGCACGGCUCCAGCUCCACCCUGCCCAGGAUGAAGCAGAAAGGCCUGAAGAUCGCCAAAGGCAUCUUCUAG